AUGAAUCAAAUGGGUGGUAUGGGCAGUAUUGCCGAGGCACCACGAAGGGCUCAUCUCUACGUCGGAAACCUUAGCCCCAGGGUUACCGAGUACAUGCUUACAGAGAUCUUUGCUGUUGCCGGUGCAGUUCAGCACGUCAAAAUAAUCCCUGACCGCAACUAUCAGCAUGGUGGUCUCAACUACGGUUUCGUCGAGUACAUCGACAUGCGCGCAGCUGAGACUGCCCUUCAAACCCUUAAUGGACGCAAGAUCUUCGACACCGAGAUUCGCGUUAACUGGGCAUAUCAGGGUCAGCAAAAUAAGGAGGACACAACCGGUCAUUAUCACGUCUUCGUCGGUGACCUCAGCCCAGAAGUCAAUGAUGAAGUCCUUGGCAAGGCUUUCAACGCGUUCUGCACAAUGUCCGACGCUCGUGUUAUGUGGGACAUGAACUCGGGCAAGUCUCGUGGUUAUGGUUUCCUCGCGUUCAGGGAUAAGACCGACGCAGAGCAGGCCAUCGCGACCAUGAACGGUGAAUGGCUUGGCUCACGUGCUAUCCGUGUAAACUGGGCAAAUCAGAAGACUCAAGGUGGUCUGCCUGCUCCUCCACGCCCUGGAGCCAGCGUUGGAACCGCUCCCGCCCCCAUUAAUUUCCAGGGCGGUCCCCUUUCCUACGAAUCUGUCGUCCAGCAGACUCCUUCGUACAACUCCACCGUCUACGUUGGAAACCUCGUUCCAUAUUGCACCCAGGCAGAUCUCAUCCCACUCUUCCAGUCCAUUGGGUACCUCUCAGAGAUUCGCAUGCAGGCGGAUCGUGGUUUCGCGUUCGUUAAGCUCGACACGCACGAGCACGCCGCCAUGGCUAUCGUGCAGCUGCAGGGGCAGAUGGUCCAUGGACGUCCCAUCAAGUGCAGCUGGGGCAAAGACCGGGCAGAUGGAACUCCUGCCCAGCCCGGAGCCCCGCUCAGCCCGACGACUCCUGCGGCUCCCUAUGGCAACAUGCCCAUGUAUGGAAUACCACAACCUAAUACUUACGGCCAGUACGGAUUCGGCGCCUACGGUGGAUUCCCUAACCAAGGUGCCGCUGGUGGGUCGCCAACGCCUGGAAUGCCUCAGGCCGCUCCUGGCGCUGUCGGUACUGGUCUUGGCGCUGCAGGAGCGGGUGGUGCGGACCCCUCUGCUGGUGCUGGUGCUGCUGGAGGCGCUGGCGGCCAAUGGCCUUCUGGAGAUGCUGCUGCUAGUUACUAUGCUAACUACUGGGGUGGAUAUUACGGCCAGCAAGGCCAAGGCGAGGGCCAGGGUGCUUAA